AUGUCGUUCAGCGAGAUGAACCGCAGGACGCUGGCGUUCCGAGGAGGCGGGCUGCUCACCGGCGGCGGCUCCGCGAACAAUAACGCCGGCGGGGAGGCCUCGGCUUGGCCCCAGCAGCCCCCGCUGCGACAGCCCCCGCCGCCUGCGCCGCAGCAGCUCAACGGGCGGGGGGCGGACGAGGAAGCGGAAUUGGAGGGCCCGGAGCCCCAGGACCCGGAGGCCUCCGCCGGCGCGGCCGCCGAGGAGCCGCAGGAGCCGCCGCUGCCCCCGGACGCGGGCGGCCCCAACUCGCUGGGCGGCGGCGGCGCCGGCGCGGGGGGCCCCCUGCUCGCGGAGAGGAACCGUCGGACCCUGGCCUUUCGCGGCGGCGGCGGCGGCGGCGGUCUCGGCAACAAUGGCAGCAGCCGCGGCCGGCCCGACCCCCCAGCGUGGCCCCCAAGGCAUUUCAAUGGGCGAGGGCCGGCGGCGGCGGAGCUGGAGCUGGACGCGCUGGAAGGGAAGGACUCGGUGCCGGACGGCGCGUCCCUGAGCGACAGCACCGAGGACGACGAGGAGGGGGCGAGCCUGGGCGACGGCAGCGGGGCGGAAGGCGGCGGCGGCAGCAGCCGGCGGUCGGGCGGCGAUGGUGGGGACGAGGCGGAGGGCGGCGGCGCGGGGGCCUGCGACGGCGAGACUGUCCAGCACUUCCCGCUCGCGCGGCCCAAGUCCCUGAUGCAGAAGCUCCAGUGCUCCUUCCAGACUGCGUGGCUCAAAGAUUUCCCCUGGCUGAGGUAUUCCAAGGACACCGGUCUUAUGUCUUGCGGCUGGUGCCAGAAGACCCCCGAGGACGGCGGCAGCGGGGACCUUCCGUCUGCUGGGCACGACGAGCUGUCGCGAGGGACCCGCAACUACAAGAAAACCCUCCUCCUGAGGCACCACGUCUCUACCGAGCACAAACUCCACGAAGCCAACGCCCAGGAAUCAGAAAUACCUUCAGAAGAGGGAUACUGUGACUUUAAUAGUAGGCCAAAUGAGAACUCUUAUUGCUAUCAACUUCUUCGACAACUAAAUGAACAGAGAAAGAAAGGUAUUCUUUGUGAUGUCAGCAUUGUGGUGAGUGGAAAAAUCUUUAAAGCUCAUAAGAACAUCCUGGUUGCAGGCAGCCGUUUCUUUAAGACUUUAUAUUGCUUUUCAAACAAAGAAAGCCCUAACCAAAACAAUACUACCCAUUUAGAUAUUGCUGCAGUUCAAGGUUUUUCAGUCAUCUUGGACUUCUUGUAUUCUGGUAACCUGGUGCUUACAAGCCAAAAUGCCAUUGAAGUGAUGACCGUGGCCAGCUACCUUCAAAUGAGCGAAGUUGUUCAGACUUGCCGAAAUUUCAUUAAAGAUGCCUUAAAUAUAAGCAUUAAAUCCGAAGCUCCAGAGUCUGUGGUUGUGGACUAUAACAAUAGAAAACCAGUUAAUAGAGAUGGUCUGUCUUCAUCGCGGGAUCAAAAAGUUGCCAGUUUUUGGGCAACACGGAAUCUUACCAAUUUGGCAAGUAAUGUAAAAAUUGAAAAUGAUGGUUGUAAUGUCGACGAGGGCCAAACAGAAAACUACCAAAUGAAUGACAGUAGUUGGGUCCAGGAUGGUUCACCUGAAUUGGCUGAAAAUGAAGCCCAAGGUCAAACAAAAGUGUUUAUUUGGAAUAAUGUUGGCUCCCAGGGAAUUCAAGAAACUGGCAAUAAAACAAGGAGGAAAAAUCAGACUGCAAAGAGAUUUAUUUAUAAUAUACCACCUAACAAUGAAACAAAUUUAGAAGAUUGCUCAGUGAUGCAGCCAACUGUUGCCUACCCAGAAGAAGAUAUGUCAUUCAUUAAGGAAGAACCAGAUCUGGACGGUGCUCUGCUCUCAGGGCCAGACUGUGAUAGGAGUGUGAACUCAAACUUACUGGCUGAAGCCAGCUUGGGUCAGGAUGGAGGUGAUGCUGGUACUUCAAAUGAUUUUAAGUAUGGAUUGCUACCAGGUGCUGCAAACGACUUCAAGUAUGGAUUGUUGCCUGAAUCUUGGCCAAAACAAGAAACUUGGGAAAAUGGUGAAUCAUCUCUAAACAUGAACAAGUUAAAAUGCCCUCAUUGUACCUAUGUAGCCAAAUACAGACGAACACUAAAAAGGCAUUUGCUCAUUCAUACGGGAGUCAGAUCCUUUAGCUGUGAUAUUUGUGGAAAACUGUUUACUCGAAGAGAACAUGUAAAAAGACAUUCCCUGGUGCAUAAAAAGGAUAAAAAAUACAAAUGUAUGGUGUGUAAGAAGAUCUUCAUGCUAGCUGCCAGUGUUGGAAUAAGACAUGGAUCUCGACGCUACGGUGUUUGUGUAGACUGUGCAGAUAAAUCACAGCCAGGAGGGCAAGAAGGUGUAGAUCAGGGACAGGAUACAGAUUUCCCUCGGGAUGAAGAAUAUGAGGAGAACGAGGUAGGAGAAGCUGAUGAAGAGCUCGCUGACGAUGGAGAAGAUCAACAUGACCCGUCGCGAUGGGAUGAGCCAGGAGAUGCUUGUAUGGUUCUGGAUGACUAACUGGUCUGCUCUACUCCUCAAGGAUGCUGCAUUUGGACGUAAUAUGAAUCGGCAAUUUGAAUUGUUGAACUUGAAGGCUUGCAAAAUAUGGUACAUGCUGGAUGGUAGUUAUGUUGCUGUGAAAACUGUAGGGUCUCAAAGCCUUAUAGCAAAAAAUUUUUUUAUAUUUGCACAGGACUGUACAGCAAACAACCUUGUGGUUGGAUUACAUGGAGUCCCCACAUCUUCAGUCAGUUAUCAAAGUAAAAAUAUUUUUUAUUUAUAGGAUAUAAGUAACUCUUUGGGUCCUAUGAAAAUGGAGCACCUGUCCUUACAGAGCUGACAUUCACGUCCCAGUUUAACAUGAAUGAAGAAAUCCAUUUAUGAGAAUACAGUGACAGCUGGCCCAAUUCCUCUGUCCACCAAACCACUCAGGCUAGUGUGUACUAGUAGAGUUUUGUUUCUAUUUUUAUUUUUAUUAAUUUUAUUUUUUUUAAUACAGAUUUUCAGUGAGGGGCCUUUUCAACCCCAUUGGUUGUACUUUUCUGUAUUUUCCAUUUGAUUUGCUUCAUAAGUUAAACCAAGUCUCUUCUAGUCUUAGGUAUUAUUUCUCAAUUUUGUGCUGAUGGGCAUGUUUAUAAGAACUGGAGAGGUAAUUUAUUGGAAUGAACUAACUGACUUCCUCCAUUCCCCCUUCCUUUUUGACAUGAAUUUUACUACUUCACAAAUGAAGAAUGAUGUUGCAAAGUUACCGUGGCGAAGUUGACAAAUACCACUAAAUGAUUAUGAUUUAGAAGUCACUUCCUCUUGCUGCUCUAAUCUGAUAAAUGGUUACUAUAUGAUGUUUUCUGAUAUGGUAUUCGGUUUUGGGUAUCUGUUACUUUGGCACUAUUCUUGUUUGCCUAUUUUUAUUUUUGCCAGUGUACUAUACCUCAGUCCUAUUUUGAAAAGACAGAAAUCUGAUCGAAAGAGUCAUAGAAACAAUAAGUAAAAUGAUUUGUUUUAUGAUUUAUCCUCCAUGUCCAGUUUGGUUAACUUGUUAUGCAAUAUAAGUGAAAUAUCAGGUUUUUACUCUUGUGCCCUUUUAUCAUUAAAAUUAACACAAAAA